AUGUCGACCGCUGCAGCCACGAGCAUCGACGACUACAUUGCCGACGUCGUCUAUUGCUACCCGCACGCGACGAUCGCCAAACCGUCAACAGGUCCCUCGUGUGGUCUCGAGUCGUCUCUUGCUGCGUGCGCACCGAGCCCGACUACGCUCACUGCAACGUGGACGGUUGACGCCGUCGGGACGCCUCUUCGCUCCGCCCUCCGAGCCGUACUAGUGGUGUGCACGCAUUCGACACCGUGUGCGUUGGCCACGUCCUCUACCGGGACAGUGGCCUACCUGCCGUUUAAGAAUUUGCCGUCGGCGCCGCCCUUCAGCGUCGCUCAAUCGGUCACGGGCCUUGCCCCCAAUGCAACGUACGCUGUCUACGUGCUCUCGUCCGACGCUUCGUCCAACUAUGUCGUGUAUCAGUCCUAUCAGAUGCCAGCCGCCCUCGAGAGCGAGGCCAUCGCACAGACGACGACGGCGCCGCCACUCGCAUCAACACCACCGCCACUGACAUCGCCACCCCUCACAUCGCCACCUCCACCACUGACAUCGCCACUGGCGCCUCACACUUCAAUGGCCGACAGUAGUUUUUCGACGGCUGCGAUCGUGGGUGUCGUGGUCGCGUGCUUGCUGCUCGUUGCUGGUGUCGCGUGGUGGGUGCUGCACGGCUCGCGGCGUCGACGGCUUCCCCUUCCCGCGCCUCUUGAAACGCCGACCGUGUUUGAUCUGGACCAAGGCAAGUACACCCAGGUUGUCUACAACGAAGGGUAG